AUGGGCGCAAAGAUUGAUACUUCUGUUAAUGAUCAACCAGCUCCAUAUGUGUUCAAGAUAAGUGGUCAUUGUCAUCAUUUGAUGGGCUUCCUCUUACCUGUUAAUGGAGAAUCACCAAAGUUUGCACAGCUUUAUGUGUUUGACACUACUCACGAAGUUGCAAAUAGACUUUUACCAUUCACAAGAGACUCCAAAUCAUCAUCUCUUGAUGAGAAUAUUGUUGUGGAUCUUUUAAGAAUGCUUGAUGAAACAAACGAGCUUGCCAAAUUGUUUCGUUCUUUAAAAAGAAUCUCAAAAUUACAUCCAAAAUUCAUGGCAUUACAGUAUCCACUUUUGUUUCCUUAUGGUGAAGACGGCUACUCCUGUAAUAUUAUGUUUGCUGAUCAUGGACAUGAAAAAACAAGGAAAAGGUCAAGAGUUCCGAUGCGAGCUUAUUAUGCUUACCUUAUCAAUGAAAGGCCUGGGUGCGAUAAUACCAUCAUUAAAGGAGGUCGUUUGUACCACCAAUUCUUGGUUGAUGCAUUUGUUAAUGUUGAAGAAGAUCGUCUUGAUUAUAUCAGAGCUAAUCAAAAAGAUUUACGUACAAAAGUUUAUAGAGGUAUCCAUGAAGCUGUGCUUAAUGGGGAUGUUGAAGGUUUCUCAACUGGGAAAAUCAUUGUUCCAUCUUCUUUAACUGGUAGCCCACGUUAUAUGAUCAAUAAUUAUCAGGAUGCAAUGGCUAUAUGUAGAGCCUAUGGAAAUCCUGACCUAUUUAUUACAUUCACAUGUAAUGUUAGUUGGCCUGAGAUACGAAUGGAGCUUACAAAAGGUCGAAUUUACAAACAUGAAGACAAGCCUGAUAUCAUUACACGUGUUUUUAGAUUGAAGGUUAUUGAUAUGUUAGCCUUCAUAAAAUCAGGCAAGCCUUUUGGUCAGACAAUUGCAGAUGUUUGUGCAAUUGAAUUUCAAAAGAGGGGUUUGCCACACACUCAUAUAUUGAUCUGGCUACACUCGAAUUUUAAAUGUCGUUCACCCGAAGAUGUUGAUUCCAUUGUUUCAGUUGAAAUCCCUGACAAAUUUACAGAUCCAAAAUGCUAUGAAAUUGUUUCAAAAUUCAUGAUGCAUGGUCCAUGUGAUCUUGCAAAUCCAAAAUCUCAGUGUAUGAACGAGGGAGUUUGCUCAAAAAGAUUCCCGAAAAAAUUCAAGAUGCAAACUGUUUUUGAUGAUAAUGGCUUUGUUUAUUACAGACAUCGUGAUCUUAAAGACAAUUUUGUUAUAAAAAAUGGCAUUCAGCUCAAUAACAGAUAUGUUGUUCCAUAUAAUAGGGAACUCUUAUUACGAUACAAUGCCCACAUAAAUAUUGAGAUCUAUUGUCAAUCAAUGUUAAUUAAGUAUCUUUUUAAGUACGUAAGCAAGGGCUCUGACAGAUGUAGAGUUGUUGUUGAAAAAGAUCGUGUUGAUGAGAUCCAUGCAUAUAUGAAUUAUCGUUUUAUAUGCCCAUAUGAAGCGGUCUGGCAUCUUCUACAAUUUCCAAUACAUUCAAGAUCACCUUCUGUUGAGCGACUUCAAAUCCAUUUGCCAUUGCAUCAAAAUGUUGUUUACUCUGGAAAUGAAAGUCUACCAUCAAUACUUAAAAAACCAGGUAUUGAAAAAACAAUGCUCACAGAAUGGUUCACACGGAAUAGAAUUGAUCAUGAAGCACGUCAGCUUUACUACUCAGAAUUUCCACAUAAAUAUAUUUGGGAUCCUGGUAAAAAAGAAUGGAUUCCAAGAUCAAAAGGUUUUAUUCUUGGUCGAUUAACAUAUGUUCACCCUGCUUCAAGAGAACUCUAUUUUCUAAGACUACUCCUUAACCAUGUAAGAGGAGCGCUGACCUUUGAUUAUCUAAAAAAUGUUUCGGGUGUUGUGCAUCCAACAUUUCAACUUGCUUGCAAGACCUUGGGACUUUUAGGAGAUGAUAAAGAAUGGGAAGACGUCUUCUGUGAGGCCAUGGCUACUGCAACAUCUCCUCAAAUUAGGAAUCUCUUUGUCAGUGUUAUUCUUUUUUAUGAUGUUGCUGAUCCAGAAGUUUUGUUCAAUAAAUUCUGGCGUUCAAUGUAUGAUGAUAUUAUCACCCGUUUCAAAUCCAGCUUUGCCAUGCCUAAUCUUAAAUUAUUCGAUGAUGAGCUUAAAAACUAUGUUCUAUAUAAGCUUGAGCUUCUCUUCAAUGUUGCUGGCACAUCUCUUGAAAAACACAAGCUUCCAAUGCCUGAUGGGCAUUUAUUGUCAGAAAUAAAGAAUAAACUUUUGAGAGAAGAACUUAACUACGAUGUUGCAGAUCUUAUAUGUCAAUAUCCAUCAGCUUUCCCACAACUGAAUCAAUGUCAAUUGAAUGUUUAUGAUUGUGUUGUUAAAUCUGUCCUUGAAAAAAGACAAGAAUUAAUUUUUGUUCAUGGCCAUGGAGGAACUGGGAAAACAUUUUUGUGGCAUACAAUAAUUAAUCGGUUGAGAUCAGAUGGUUUAAUUGUCCUUGUUGUUGCAUCAUCGGAUAUCGCAUCACUUUUGCUUCCUGGUGGUCGUACAACUCAUUCAAGAUUUAAGAUCCCCCUUACUGUUUCUGAUACUUCAUCAUCAUUAGAUCGUUCGCUUCGUAAUGUCCUGACAAAUGGUAACGACUUGCCCAAUGAUAAACCAUUCGGUGGGAAAUCAAUUUUGUUAGGAGGACAUUUUAGACAAAUUUUACAUGUUAUUCCUGGAGGAACAAAGGAAGACAUUGUUCAUGCAUCUCUUUGCAACUCUAUUUUGUGGUCUAAAUUUAAAGUUCUCACUCUUACAAAGAAUAUGAGGCUAUCAUCCAAUGGUCUUUCAAAUGAUAAAAAAAAAGAACUUGCUAUUUUUGCCAACUGGAUUCUUGCAAUUGGUGAUGCAACUCAACAAGAUGCUCUAUUCCCAGAUGAUUAUGAUGCAUCCAUGGUUAAAAUACCGCAAGAUCUUUUGGUUGAAGCUGGAUCUAACCCCAUAUUAGCAAUUGUUUCAGCAGUGUAUCCCUCUAUUUGUGAAAUCAAUAUUGAUCCAUGCUAUUUUAGAGAGAGAGCAAUUAUAACUCCAAGAAAUGCUACAGUUUCUGAAAUCAAUGAUUUUAUUUUAAACAUGUUGCCAGGGAUGAAGCGGAUUUACCUAAGUACUGAUACUGUUUGCAAAACAUCGAGUGAUGGUGAUAAUGCAAAUAUUUUGUAUCCUGUUGAAUUUAUCAAUCAACUUGAGUUCAAUGGAGUGCCAUCCCACACAAUUUCCUUGAGAAUUGGCACACCAAUAAUGCUUUUACGCAAUCUUAAUUUAUCAGCUGAUUUAUGUAAUGGAACAAGACUUAUUGUUACGCAACUUGCUGAGAGGGUCAUGGAAGCUCAAAUAAUAACAGGCUCUUUUAUUGGCAAUCGUGUAUUUAUUCCAGGAUUGUUUUUCCAAUAA